AUGUCCGAGGCUCCCGCCUUGCUCAAGACGUGCCAGACAUGCUUCCACGCCAAGAUCCGCUGUGAAAAGACGCAGGACUCGGGCUUGUGCGACCGCUGCUUGCGCCUCGGCAAGCCUUGCGUCUUUGCUCCGUCUCGUCGCCGGAAAGCCCAACGCACUGUGCCUGUUGUCAGUUCUAGUCUCGGCGCUGGGGCUUCUGCUGGGCGUCUCGAGCAGCCCGAGGCGAGCUCUUCCACAGCCUCUGUACCACCUUCAGUAGAGUCCUCAAUUCCUCAAGGAACUCCAGAACAUGCCUCCACCUCGGAUGCUUCCUCCCAGGCCCAGGCCGCCCAGGAUCGCCCAGACACAACCCCUCCGUAUAGCGCCUUUGCGCGCGGCAUGUUGACCUUUGACAAAGGCCAAGUGUACCUAGAUCUGUUCCGGACCAAAAUGAUUACCUACUUCCCCUUUGUUCUCAUCCCGGAGACCAUGUCCAUUCGUGACUUGGACCGAGACAAGCCCUGUCUGUGCCUCGCCGUCAUGUGUGCGGCCUCGGCCACAGACCCGAGGCUUCAAAAGGUCAUGGGCGAGCUCUUCAGCGAGAUGGUUGCCAUGCGGCUGAUCAAGAAUGUCUGGUUCUAUGGCCUCGACCUCUUGCAAGGCCUCCUUGUCGUGUUAGCUUGGGCGCAUUUUCUCCCCAGACCACUUAGAUACUCGCAGCACUUGUCUCUCGCAGCCAGCAUCGUUGCAGACAUGAGACUGGAUAGACCCCGUAUAACGGCCCUGUGGAGCCUCAACGAAGAUCUGAUGAAGAGCGAUAAUUUAAAGUUGACUGCGGAUGAGAUGCGAGCUUUGGCUGGUACCUAUUAUCUCGCCUCUAGCACAUCGGUGUUGAUGCAAAAAGCGCGGAUGUUUAAAUACACGCCAUAUAUUCUCAAAUGCUGCCACAGGAUUACGGCGCACGGCGGGAAGCCAACGGACAAAUAUCUACCAUACAUCAUCUACCUCCAAAAGCUCAUCGAAGAGCUUGACGACGCCGUUUCCAUGUCGCACGAAGCACUGUACCUGACCACCGAACUCCAACGGAUCAAGGAAAUGUAUCUUCAGACUAAAACAUCAUUACCCUUCGCGCUAAGCGAAAGCCCAACUAUCCAGCAGCAACUCCACGUUUUAGAGUUGCUCAUCUGCCAGCCCUCCCCGGAUAGCGUCGCCCUCGGCCCCAACGGCUUCCAAAACGUCCAAGUAGCCGAGAGUUCCAACGGCCUUCUCGACUGGCUAUCCCAAAGCCUCGCUGCGGCAAAGUCCAUCAUCAGCGUCUUCCUGACGCUCCCCGGCGGCGAGGAAGGCCUGCUGCCCAACAUGAGCUGGGUUGUCCUGUACAGCAGCGCGUCCCUGGCCGUGAGGCUGGAUCUCCUGGCGGCGCACUACGACAUGGGACACCUGCGUCGGAUCCUCGACAUGACGUACACGCUGCGGCAGAUCAGGCUGCGUCUGGAAUCGGCGGCUGGUUUCGACAGCAGCCCCGAAGUUCCCCGAAAUGCCUUUUACCACCUCAACAUCAAGGCACAGCAAGUCGAACGGUGGUACCUCCACCACACAUCUACAACAAGCUCUCCCAGCAUGGGAAGCAUGUUCUCGUCCUCCAGCUCCUCGCCCAGCAGCAAUCAACCCGUCGAAGCCAUGGCAGCGACCGGGUUUACAUCCGCCAGCAACCUUGUCCCCAACGUGACAGUUGCCAGUGACCCGGACAGCUCAUGGACAGCAGCCACGGCCAUGGAGUUUGACCCGGGCAUCUCGAUGGGUAAUAUGCUCUUCACAGGGUCGUUUGAGUUCCUCUCAGAUCCAAAUGGAGGGCCAACGGGUGGUCAAACAGAUCCGACAUCCUUCAACUAA